GGCUCUGGAGCCGCCCCCGCCCUUCCCGCGCGCCCCCGCCCCGUCCGCUUAAAUAUACUGGGGACUUGCUUAAAAAUCUAAAACAUAAAAUAAGAUAAGGAGGAGGAGGAGGAGGAGCAGGAGGAACCGGAGUUUUGCAGAAGCAGAGGGACGCGGUGUGGUGCCAAGGACAUCUUUAGCCAUGGAUGUAUUCAUGAAAGGACUUUCAAAGGCCAAGGAUGGGGUUGUGGCUGCUGCUGAAAAAACCAAACAGGGUGUGGCCGAAGCAGCAGGGAAGACAAAAGAGGGAGUUCUGUAUGUAGGCUCCAAAACGAAGGAGGGAGUGGUUCAUGGCGUGACAACAGUGGCUGAGAAGACCAAAGAGCAAGUGACAAAUGUCGGAGGGGCAGUGGUGACUGGUGUGACAGCAGUAGCCCAGAAGACAGUGGAGGGAGCAGGGAACAUUGCAGCUGCCACUGGCUUUGUCAAAAAGGAUCAGAUGGGCAAGACUGAAGAAGGAUCCCCACAAGAGGGAAUUCUGGGAGAUAUGCCUGUUGACCCUGACAAUGAAGCUUAUGAAAUGCCUUCAGAGGAAGGCUAUCAAGACUACGAACCUGAAGCUUAAGAAUAUCUUUAUUCUUGAGCCGUGCUGACCAACGUUCCAUCCCAUUCAAGUGCUCAGUCCCAGUGUGCACCGUCAUGACACCUGCUCAGAGCUGUGCAGUGUGUUUGAAGUCUUCCAUCAGCAGUGGUUGAAGUAUCUCAGCCUGCCCCCACUUAGCAUUUCGGUGCUUCCCUCUCACAAAAAUGAAUAUAUGGUAGCAGGGUCCCUGUGUGCUGUGGAUAUUGUGGCUUCAAAUCUAAAAUGUUAAAGCAAAUUAAAAGCACCUAAGUGACUACCAAUUAUUUCUAACUCUUCACUAUCAUUUUUGUUGCUGUUAUUAAAAAAGUAUGGUUUAUUACCUUAUAGGUUUUUUAGGUGUCUUUAAUGAUGUAGUGUGAAAUUUGUUAAUAUAUAUUUAAAACUAUGUGAGCAUGAAACUAUGCACCUAUAAAUAUUAGCUAUGAAGUUUUACUGUUUUGUGAUGUGUUUUAUUAAAUUGUGUUUGUAUAUAAAUGGUGAAAAUGAAAAAUAAAAUGUUAUCUCAUUACAACAUCUUACUUUAUUUGAUUGUACUUAUAAACACCAUGCUUAUGGGCUGGAGGGAUGGUUUAGCAGUUAAGGCAUUUCGUGCAAAGCCAAAGGACCCAUGUUAGCCAGAUGCACAAUGGGGCACACACAUUUGGAGUUUAAUUGCAGUGGCUAGAGGCCCUGGUACACCCAUUCUCUCUCUCUCUUUCUCUCCCUCCCUCCCUCUUUCUCUGUCAAAUAAAAAAAAAUUUUUUUAAACAUGCUUAUAAACAUGACUCAGUAAUAUAAAAUGACAACUGACACAAUAAACUGAAAUGCCUGUAAACCUCUCUGGGUACCGCAGUUAGCAAAUUAACAUACAUGAUUCCUUGAGUUGAAUCCCCAGGGGGUCAGGAAAUAGCAACACUGGAAUGUACUAGAAAUUAAGAUAUAUCAAUUCAUGAAUAUAUGAAGUCUAGAAUUUUUUUAGAAAUGUUUUCUUUCCCAUGAGUAUAGACUAUAAACUUAACCAUGAAAACUCCACAUUGGGGCUAGGGAGAUAUCUUACUGGUUAUAGAGGGCAUGAUGUGCAAGCAUGAGGACUUGAAUUAAAAGCCCCAGCACCCACAAAAAUAUUGAACAGAGUGGCCUGUGCCUUUAGACCUGGUGCUGGGAAGACAGAGACCAAGGAUCACUGCGGCUGAUGAGCUAGUCUAGUGUAAUCAGUGAGUUUUGGUUCAGUGAGAUUCCUUGUUUCAAAGAAUAAUGUGGAGAGCAAUUGAGAAAGACAUGAGACAUCAACUGUUAGCCUCUACAUUCACAUGCACACAUGGGCACCCACAUGCAUAUGAAUGUGCAUUUACACACACAUGCACACAGCAUACACAUGCCAAAACAAACUAAACUGAAAUAUUCUAUAUAAGUUAAUGGAAAAAUUAGUUGGUUCAUCUUUCUACUUAUUUAGGAGAAAAUAGCAUAGUCAUGUGUAAAAGAUACUUGCAGAAAGUAUAACUAAAGAAUAUUCUAGAUGUCUUUGCAGUUUAUAUGUAAUUGUAACUUGAUGUAAAAGGAGGAGGAGUAAGUAACUAUAAAGACAGUCACCAGAGAAACUUCCUUUUUCCCUAGUUGAAAAGAGACUGCUACACAGUGCUCAGCUGUGUGUGUCAUCUGAUACUGGAGGGAUGUGGUAAGUUUCUAUUUUAUUUAAUGUUCAUUUAAUCAAAUAAAGGAUUCAUUAUUAGGACUACUUAGAAUGGUGGUUUUAUAUGCUAACUCUACUUAAAGUACCAUAUUUUUAAAAUAAAGCCAAAUAGUAACAAAUAAGAGAGAACAUAAAUUAACAGCCAUAGCUAUGAACAUGUUGAGGUACUUUAGGACUUACAUUUAUGAAAAUUAUAUUCUAAAACCCUUCAUCCCUUAUUGUUUUCUGUCAGUUAUGUGUUGAUAGUUAAGUAGAUUAUUUCUUAAUUCAUUUUGCACCAAGCACUUAAACAAAAAUUCCAUAAUACACAUAUACUUUGAGAAGAAUUUUACAUAUAUAUCUUGUAGAGAUAGAGAGAGAGAGAAUUAGCACACUAUGGCCUCAACCACUU